UUCUCAGUCAUCCUCACUACGGGAAAAGAACGAAGUCGUGGCCGAAAGACUUUGAAGCUACUGUCUUUCUGCGGUGUUGCCGGAUUAUUUUGAUAGGCAUUUUACAGUUGCUGGUUUAGCGAACGAGAACAAAGGAACUAGGAUCGUUUGCAGACAUUUUUAUUUCGUUUCGACUUGAAAUUCAGUUGGAAAUAUGUCUUUUUAAUUCAGCAUGGAGCAACAAUAAGCGUCGGCAUGCACAGUGCAAGGCAAAACGUAAACUAUUCCAUCUUUACAACUGCUAAGCAGUUGGGCUCUAAUACCGUCCGCGGUAUUGCGGUGAGCCAACCAAUACCUCUCCUUCUCGAUCGAAGGAAACAAACACUGGCAAGUUAACCUGCUAUUUCAGUGUUCUGUUAGUGUUUUUUUUUCUCGGAAACCGUCACCUCUCGCUAAAGCUAGAUAAUCCGCCAUGAAACCCCAAGACAUCUUAGUGGGAAAAAACAGCCUGUGGAUCUUCGGAUAUGGCUCGUUAGUCUGGAAGCCUGACUUUAAGUAUAAAAAAAGCAAUGUCGGAUACAUUACGGGCUACAAAAGACGUUUCUGGCACGGGGACAACUUCCAUCGAGGAGACGAUGAAAUGCCCGGAAGAGUUGUGACGCUCAUCGAAGAUGAUGACGCGUGCACAUGGGGCACGGCUUUUGAGGUCAUUGGCGCACAAAUGGAGGAGUGUCUGAAGUACCUGAACAUGAGGGAGUCUGUGAGGGGCGGGUACAUUACCAAGUUGGUUGAAUUCUUCCCUCAUGGCCAAAAUCAAACACCUGUUCCAGCUGUGGUUUACAUUGCCACCCCUGAAAAUCCAAUGUACCUGGGACCAGCAAGUCCAGAGGAAAUUGCAGCCCAGAUAAUUGUUUGCAAAGGCAACUCGGGGCACAACAUUGAGUACCUGCUUCGCCUGGCUGAGUUCAUGAGGACCACCUGUCCAGAUGUAGAGGACACCCAUCUGUUCUCUAUAGAGGCAGCUGCCCUGACCCUCGUGCCUAUAUUAUUGGCAUCCUAAAAGUCUGUACUUGUUGUGUAAGCCUACAUGCUGUAAUUGUUCAACACUCCAUUCUGUGUAGUGUGUGUCUGUGUAAUAUGACUUGGUGCUUGUAUGCACCCUGUGUGCGCAUCUCCAUUGGAGAUUCACAAAGGAAAGUAAAGGGAAGUCUUUGAUGUUAUGUAUUCAUUAAGCACUGCAAGUGUAUGGCACUGCUGUUGUGUGGACCUGAUGAAUGUUUAACUUGGUCAAAACUGGUCCUGUGAGCUAUUUUUAAAAGAAACUUCUGCUCAUUAAAACACGUGUGCAGCCAAAAUAAAAAUCAAGGCAUGAA